AUGAUCUCCUGCCGAAACUCUCGCCCUCCAAAAAACUACAAAUUAGUUCCCGGACCAAGGGGAUUGCCUCUAAUCGGUAACACUCAUCAACUAGGGAAGGCGCCACAACGUCAACUCCAGAGAUGGGCCAGCGAAAAUGGCGAGCUUUUCAAGAUCAGGCUCGGUUGGGAGAACUGGGUCUUCGUCAAUAGCCCUGAAGCGGUUCGAGAAAUAUUCGACAAGCAAUCUGCGAAAACAUCAGGCAGGAUGCCGAUGCCGGUUGUAUCCGACCUCCUUUCUGGGGAAAACCGACUGCUUCUCCUAACAUAUGGCACAAAGUGGAGGCAGCUGAGAACCAUUGUUCACAAGCUGCUGACACCGAAAGCAUCGGAUACUUACAAACCGUCGCAAGAUUUUGAGGCGAAGCAGUUGCUUUUCGACCUUGCAACCGGCAACGGUGAUCAAGAAAGCUUUUACUUGCAUGAUUGCGACGAUAUGCGAGAGAUAUACCAACUCCUGAAAGACUUCUCUGAGGCAGCAGAGCCCGGUGGGUUCGUAGCCGACUUAUUCCCACCACUCGCCCAGAUUCCAUCCUGCCUACAAUGGUGGAGGCCGAGCGCUAUUGCGGCAUACAACCGGCAGAAAAAGACGUGGAUGCGCUACUGGGAUGAGUUGAAAUCUGCUGUAAAUCAGAAGAAAGCUCCCGAGUGUUUCGUGAAGCACUUCAUAGAGACAGAUUUUGAGAAGCUUGGAAUCAGCGAUGUUCAGGCUGGCUUCGUGGCAGGAUCAAUGAUCGAAGCAGGCUCAGAAACCACUUCAUCUGCACUCAACAGUGCAAUUUUAUAUUUGUCAGCCCAUCCAGGCGUCCAGGACACAGCAAACGCUGAGCUCACGAAAGUUGUUGGAGACGAUCGAUCUCCCACUUUCUCAGAUGAGGCUGAUCUGCCAUACAUCCGAGCCAUGGGCAAGGAAAUCCUUCGCAUCCGGCCUGUCACGAACAUUGGAAGUCCCCAUUACACGACCGCGGACAUUUUCUACAAAGACUAUUUCAUCCCCAAGAAUACUGUGGUCGCUAUUCCACAAUAUGUCCUCCAUUACAGUUCAGAUAAAUGGGACAACCCAGAAGCCUUUGAUCCGUCGCGAUACUUAUCUUAUCCAGAGAAAGCAGGCUUCUACGCCGCCCAAGGAGACGCCAAAGGCCGCGACCAUUUCGACUUCGGCGGUGGCCGGCGCAUUUGCCCCGGGAUGCAUCUGGCAGAAAAUAGUCUCUUUGUCACCCUUGCCAAGAUCCUCUGGGCUUUCAAGAUCGAGCCGGCACUAGAUCCAAGUGGCAACCAAAUCCCCGUAGAUCUCUCAGAUGAUGCAUACGAGCCGGGGGUCAAUACUCUGCCCAAACCGUUCAAGGCUCGGUUCGUCCCGCGGAACACGCGACGGGCAGAAGUCUUGAAAGCCGAGUGGGCUCAGGCGCAAAAAGAAGGAUUUUACUUGGGAAACGUGAAGGUGAAUACGGAUGGCAUGGUUGUUGGAUGA